UCAGUGAGACACUGCUCUUCCCUGCCAGACUGACACAGAGACAGAAGCACAGACAAAGAGCAAAGAGUAGAAAUUAACGGAACCUAUUCAGGCUGACUUGGACUGGAGACAUGACCAAAGAGACUGAGACUCUGGGACUGGUCUUUCAGAGUGAGAAUUUCAACUAUAACCAUUACACAAACUACAUCAUGGACUCCUGGGCUCCCUACAUGGACAGCUCUGUCCCUGAGCCAAACCACUCCAAAUCCAGACUCCACCCAGGAGACGAGCUAGCAGCAAUGCUUUACGAACACUGCAAGAACCAGAAAGACCAGAAAAUUGCUGCCUGCAACCGAACCGGAAAUGUCUGCAAACCAGUAGAGAGGAGUCUAACCAACACCAACGAGCUCGCUUCACUGGAGGCGUCUGCCAAUGUCAUGAAGAUCCUCUCCGAGAGUGUCCCCACCAGCCAUCCUCAUGAAGUUUUGGGAUCCAAGCAGAACAACUCCCUUCCCAUUUCUGCUCCCACCACCUCAGACACGUACGCCACCCUCACCAGCGUUGUCGCAGAUGCUUACGACAAACAGGAGCUCAACAUCAUCUUUGACUCCUUGCUGCAGAAGUGGCCGGAGAACACUGCUUUCCCCGACCCCAGCUCUGAGACUCUUCCCUACAGCGAUCCCUUCUCUGAAAACCACUCCAGCCCAGUCUACUCCAACUCCUACGACAGCUCCCCAAGGGAGAGACUCCGGAGCGACUUCCAGUUUUCCCUCGGAGCCCCCGCAGCUUCCCCUUACAAGUCCAGCGAGCUGCCAAUGGUGUACCUGAACAAGGGCCAGUUUUACCCCAUCACUCUCCAGGGGGUGGACAGCAGCGCCUGCCUCACUGCCACCAAAGUCAAGACAGUGGUGAUGGCUGUGUUUGAGAAUGACAAGAGCCCAGAAAUGCAGCUCCGCUUCUGGAAUCACUGGCAUGCGCGCCAGCCGACCGCCAAGCAGAGGGUCAUUGACAUCGCGGACUAUAAAGAAGUGUUCAGUGGCAUCAGCAACGUAGAGGAGGUGGCCUUCAAUGCUCUCUCUUUUGUGUGGAACCCAAGCGAAGAGGCCAAGGUGUACAUCGGAAUCAACUCCCUGAGCACAGACUUCUCCUCUCAGAAAGGAGUGAAAGGCCUUCCUCUGAACCUACAGAUUGACACUUACGACUUCAGCUCAGGAAGCAACCAGUUGAUACACAGAGCCGCAUGCCAGGUCAAGAUCUUCUGUGAUAAGGGUGCAGAGAGGAAGAUGCGAGAUGAGGAGAGGAAGAGAUCCAAGAGGAGGGGAAAGAACACCAAUGAUGCUAACGCCAACAAAUCCUUAGUGAGUAGCUCUAUCAGCACCGAGUGUACCUUCUUCCAGACCCUGGAAGACCACAUCACCCAGCCGGUUCUCUUCAUUCCAGACUCACACUACUCCAGUUUACAACGCAUGGCCACUCCCAUGGACGAAAUCGAAAGGAAUUCCCUUAAGAGGUUGUAUCAAGACAGAGACCAGAGCAGCUCUCCACCCAGCAAACAAGCUCGCAGAGAAGACCCACAAAGAGUUCUGCUGUACAUGAGGACAGGCACUCAAGAGGCGUUUGAUGCGCUCAUGCUCAGCUCUCCAACGCUGUCAGGCCUUCGAGAAGCUAUUUCAGAAAAGUACGGUAUGCAAAAAGACACCAUUGGGAAAAUCUACAAAAAAUGCAAAAGAGGCAUUUUCGUUAAUAUGGACGACAACAUCAUUGAACACUAUACCAACCAGUCAGCCUUCCUCAUUGAGAUAUCAGAGGUGGUCGGUGGUCAGUUCCAGGUUACUCUGGUUGAAGUAUGAGAGCAAGUCAGCCACUUGCUCCACUGAAGGAUCAACAAACACAGCUGCCAGUUUAAACCAUCUCCCAAAGCACUGCUCAAUCAGAGACAAUGUAAGCUGUGGACUUCCAAAGCUGCCAAGAUAACUGGACUGAAUGGAAAUCUCCAGUUUUUCCGAUUUCAGAAAAAGAAAGUUGAACCGUUUCUUAAUUUUGUAAAUACCACUCACGUCAGGUCAUUUGAAUGUAUUAUUUUAAUGUUAGAGCAUUUAUGAUGAACGCCUUGUACAUAUGUAAUGUAAAUAGAAUUUAAUAUGACAGUGUUUUAUGAGUUUGCCACGUGCCUGUUGCAACGGAUUUUCCACGUAUUGCUAUGUAUUUCAAGUUUUUUUUUUUUUUUUUUACAGAGAUCCACUCAUGAAUUGUGUACAGCAUAUUUUCAGCAUUUUAAACGUUGCUAUUCUUGCUGCUUUCAAUGUACUCAUCAUUUCUUCUACAAAAGUCAAUGGUGCAUUUUCUUAGCCAUAAUUUGCCACUCUUUUUUUUUUUUUUUUUUUUUAAUUUUACCUUUGCCAAAAGUAUCUUCCUGUAGGUUCCUGGUAGUUUCACGACUCAAAUCGCCCGACACUGGGUUGCAUUCAGAACCUGAAGUCAGACAUUUCCACCCAUGAAACCACACAAGACUUAGUAUUGGCCAACAUUUAGCCCAGAGCUGUGGACAUUUCCUGACUGUAUGGUGUAACCACAGAGUUUUUUUUCUGGAAACAGUUCAAACCCUCUAAACCCUGAGGCCAGCCGCAGGACGUUCAUAGUAUGCAUGUAUAUGUGUAUGUAAAAACUUGUGUCCUUCUCCAUUGUGCAUCAUUUCAAAGCAAGCAUGUAUCCCUGUAAUAUUUCAUUUAUUAUGCCAAGACAGUGCUGGUUUUGUCAGCACCUUGCCCCUUUUGUAAGAAAAUAAAGAAAAUGCAUAUCAGA